CAAGCCUGGACGAACGCGAAGGCUCCACAUUCGUCGUUCUCUCUUCGACCACUACCAUCUCUCAUCAUGUCUCCGCCAUCGUCCAACAAACCCUCAGCUUCCAGGCCUCUAGACAUUAGGAGCGACAGUCCAAGGCUCAAUGUCAAUGACUUCACCAGUGGCAGUCCGAGCAUAUCUGGUUCCCCAACUCCGCGUAUGCUACGAGCACAAUAUACUGGGACGCCGCCUCCACCUAACAUUCCCUCGCGAUCAACACCAUUCGGCACGCCUAGAGGCCUGGGUAUUACUAGCCCGCUUCCUCCAGGCGAGGGAUCCUCGCGGAGACCUUCGAUGGCCGUCCCAACCUCGUCUGCUCGCAGACCCGGCACUCCUGCUAGCGGAGAGGUGAAUCUCCUGGAUGAUCUCCCUGACGAAGAGAAGGCCAGGAUAAUCCGCAAGCAUCUCAUCGCUCGCGAAGAUCAUCCCCCCGACCUUCCUCGGGGCUCUUUCAGCGCCGGCUCAGACAGCGGCCAACUCUCGAAACAGCCUUCUUCGUCGCAAUUACGCCUUCAACGUGAAGAUACGGAGCCAUUCCCUGUACCAUACCACGCGCCGGGCGCAGAUGUAACUCAUGGCAUAUACAAGUGGCAUGCCGACAAGCAUCGGCAAAUAACUCGCCCUCGCGCCGCGUCGUACGCUGGAUCGACGACGUCUGCGCCUCACCCGACGUUCGAGCACAUUCACGAGCCUGGCGGGUUUAGGCGGAACUAUGUCGCCUUGCAGGCUCAGCAACGGGGUGUGGAGGAGCCGCACAUGUUGCGCAACUUCAUCGAAUUCCUCUACAUUUUUGGGCACUUCGCUGGAGAGGAUCUUGAGGAGGUCGAUGAAGAGGGCUAUACCCCAUACUAUGCAGGCACUCCUGCUCCCGACCAAACUCCUUACGGAGCUACCUCUUCCCUCCCUGACGGGGAGGACGCCAUCCCUUCAUCUUCGAUGGGAGCACCUGUUGGCGACGCGUCGAAACCCACGGAGCAAUCUCCGCUCCUGCGGAGGUCGGCAUCUCGAAGGCGCCGUCCAAGCGUAGGCCCGCAUGGUGACGCCACGGUCACUCAGGCGGUGCUCAUGCUUUUGAAGUCUUUCGUUGGAACUGGCGUUUUAUUCCUUGGCAAAGCCUUUUUCAACGGUGGCAUCCUAUUCUCGUCGGCAAUUCUUACGUUCAUUGCCCUCAUCUCGUUGUACUCGUUCCUGCUUCUCAUCAAGGCGAAAUUCGUGGUCUCUGGCAGUUUUGGUGACAUCGGCGGCGCGCUUUACGGUCCAUGGAUGCGUUUUGCUAUUCUGUCAUCCAUCACUCUUUCGCAAAUCGGCUUCGUCAGCGCAUACAUAAUCUUCGUGUCUGAAAACCUUCAAGCUUUCGUCCUGGCAAUCACGAACUGCGCCAAGCUGCUCGGAAUCCAGUACUUUAUCCUUCUGCAAAUGAUCAUCUUCCUACCCCUGGUUCUCAUUAGAAAUCUCGCGAAGCUCAGUACCACUGCUCUCGUCGCCGAUGCUUUCAUCCUGGCUGGACUGAUCUACAUCUUUGGGAGCGAAGCCGCCAUCGUGGCUAAACGGGGACCCGCACAAGUCGAGCUCUUUAACCCUAAGGACUGGCCGCUGCUCAUCGGAACAGCCGUCUUCUCCUUUGAAGGUAUCGGUCUUGUUAUUCCUAUCACGGACGCGAUGAAGGAACCUCGCAAGUUUCCGGCUGUCCUCUCGGGAGUGAUGAUCACUCUCAUGGUCCUGUUUUGCGGCGCGGGUGUGAUGUCGUAUCUGACAUUUGGUGCGAACGUCCAGACCGUGGUCAUCGUCAACCUCGACACCACAAGCAAGCUUACGCAGGUAGUGCAGUUAUUGUACUCGCUCGCCAUCAUGCUUUCAGUGCCGCUUCAGCUGUUCCCUGCUGUUCGCAUCAUGGAGAAUGGCAUCUUCGAGCGCAGCGGAAAGAUGAAUCCUCGCGUCAAGUGGCAAAAGAACAUCUUUCGAUUCCUAACGGUGAUGUUCUGUGCCGGGCUCAGCUAUGUUGGUGCCGCCGACCUAGACAAGUUCGUCUCGUUUGUCGGAAGCUUUGCUUGCGUGCCGCUGUGCUAUGUUUAUCCCGCCAUGUUGCACUACAGAGCGUGUGCUCGCACGCGGAGGCAAAAGCUAGCUGAUAUCGCUCUUAUGGUCUUUGGUCUCAUUGCUGCGGCCUACACCUCCAUUCAAACCAUCCGCCUAAUGAUGGCGCCACGGCCCGUUGGCCCUCUGUCUGGAGGACAGUGCGACAAGGCUCCUGCUGGCGGCUUGUGAUGAAGGGACUGUGCAACACACUCUACAUCUUUGAGUAUUGGUUACUAACAUCCUCAUCCAUUCCAUGCACAAGGGACACUAUUCAUUCAUGCAUCCCACAUCUUACGCACUAUAGCAAAUAAUGGUUGCUGGCCGUCGUCUGUUACUCAACAUUAUCCAUGCUAUGUGACAUUGUACACUUCAUUCUCUCGGCGCGAUUACGUGGGCAACGUUUUGACCACGGCGGAGUUGUGAGACCGUGCAUUAUGACUGACACAGCCUUGGUUGCG